AUGGACACCAAGAUACACAUCUGUGAGGGCCAGCUGGGCUCCGUCAACGCCAGGAGAAACUUCAUGAGCAAAGGGUUCAAAAUCCACUCAAGAGUCGGUUUGGCCUCGGCAUGUGAUACUCUCAUUUCACAGACUUUUGGUGGAGGAAAUCAUUUCAGAAUUGGGGUGAUUCUUCAACAAGCCAUACUCAUCCUGUUACUUGCGUGUUUUCCCUGUUGGGCCAUUCUGAUAAACACAGAGCCCAUCCUGCUGGCAGUGAAGCAGGAGCCCGAAAUUGCCAAAUUGGCUCAAUCAUAUGUGAAGAUUUUCAUGCCAGCACUUCCGCUGGCCUUGGAACACCUCAAGAAUCCCCUGGAUGAGCUGAAGGAGGCAACAUUUAUGUUUUCUCUUCAAAUAAGAUAUCUACAAAACCAGGGCAUCAUAUGGCCUCAAGUUAUCACUGGUCUUGUGGCUAAUAUUCUCAAUGCUCUCAUCAAUUAUAUUGUCAUCUUUGUUUUAAACUGGGGUGUGACAGGUUCAGCUGUUGCCAGUUGUCUGUCUGAAUUUAUUAUGGUUGCAAUUCUGUCGGCCUAUAUUAUCUACAAAGGUAUUCACAAGGCGACAUGGGGAGGGUGGUCCAGAGCUUGUUUACAAGACUGGGGAGUUUACCUUCACUUGGCCAUCCCCAGUAUGGUCAUGAUGUGUGUUGAAUGGUGGACAUAUGAGAUUGGAAGCUUUUUAGCAGGCUUAAUAAGUGAAGUGGAGUUGGGAGCGCAGUCAGUUGUCCUCCUGUGGGCUAACAUUGCAUACAUGUUUCCCAUGGGCUUUAGUAUUGCCGGGAGUGUACGGGUGGGAAACGCGUUAGGAGCAGGAAAUACAGACCAAGCAAAGUUGUGUGCUAAAGUCACAAUGUUCGGCGCAGGGUUUGUGUCUGUCUGCUUGGCCAUACUUAUUGGAGGCUUACACUCUCACAUCUCUUAUGUGUUUACAUAUGACGAACAAAUCAGGCAAAGGGUUUCUGAUAUUAUGACCUUUUACGCCCCGUUUAUUAUCCUAGAUGCGACCGCAGCUGCGUGUGGCAGCAUCAUCAGAGGAGCGGGUAAACAGAAAAUUGGGGCUCUGGCCUACUUUGUAGGUUUUUAUGGGAUUGGAUUCCCUAUUGGAGUGCCACUCAUGUUCGCAGCCAAAAUGGGAAUAAAAGGUCUUUGGGCAGGCUUGUUUAUCUGUAUCUUUAUACAGUGUAUAUUCAUGGUUGUCUACAUGGUUCGAAUGAAUUGGGAAAAAGCAACAACAGAGGCCCAGAUUCGUGCUGGAGCGGGUGAAGCUUCUGAAGGUGCACAGUUCGCAGGAGGAGAGUGGGACGUCCUGGAGCUGGUCCCUGAGCCUUCAGCUGAAGACAAGAUUCCACACACAGCUCUGGUGCUGCGCAGAGGCCUGGCUCUGGCUGCCAUGAUCUUCAUCCUGGCUGUGGGAAUAAUUGUAAAUGUAAUAGUCCAAAAUAUGAUUGUGUGA